AUGGGAAACAUCAACAAAUCGUCUAAAAAGAACAGUAAAAUGAAAAAGGGGGUGUCACCCAUGGAAAGAAGUGGCUCCCCAUUGGCUGCCGCCAUGCUGGGGGACCUGGGUGGUGCCGAUGAGGUGGACACAGAGGACGAGGAUGAAGGAGGGAGCGAGCGGGAGUUUAAUGAGCCCCUGUGCGCUCUGGUUAAGAACUGCAACGUGCUGCACAACAUAGUGGGGCCUGCUUGUAUCUUCCUCAGACAGGGCUUCGCACAGAGCCAGCUUGACAGAGAUCUGCGACCAGAGGAAAUGGAAGAGCUGCGUGAGGCCUUCAGGGAGUUUGACAAAGACAAGGAUGGCUUCAUCAGCUGUAAGGACCUUGGGGAGUGCAUGAGGACUAUGGGAUACAUGCCGACAGAGAUGGAACUGAUCGAACUCAGCCAGCAGAUCUGUGGUGGCAGAGUGGACUUUGAGGACUUUGUGGAACUGAUGGGUCCAAAGAUGCUGGCAGAGACUGCAGACAUGAUUGGAGUCAAGGAGCUGAGGGAUGCCUUCAAAGAGUUUGACUCCGAUGGCGAUGGACAGAUCAGCCUUGGGGAGCUCAGAGAAGCCAUGAAGAAGCUGAUGGGGGAGCAGCUCAACCACAGAGAGAUUGACGAGAUCCUGCGAGAUGUGGACCUCAAUGGGGACGGACAGGUGGACUUCGAAGAGUUUGUGCGGAUGAUGUCUCGCUGACUCUUCACCUCUGCUGCACUGAAGUCAACAUGGACCAGUCUGCACACUUUAUGUUCUUGUAAUUCUUGAUGUACAAACUACUUGAUGUCUGUAUUUUUUUCAGUUACCUCCGUCAUCUC